AUGACAAGCCAUAAUGUGGGAGAGUUACCGGGGGGUGAAGCAUCUCGUAAACCGCAGUACCGAUUGGAGAUACUGGUGUCAGACCCUCAGAAGCGCUACGGCGACCAGACAUCAACUUCAUCAUACGUGAGUUAUCAGAUUUCUACUAAGACUGAUAAUCCAGCUUAUCUCAAAAACCAUAAAAGUGACGAUGAGAUUAUCGUGGUUCAUCGAAGGUACAGCGACCUAUUACUACUUUACAACAUUUUACUCAAUGAUCACCCUACGUGCAUUAUCCCUCCCUUACCAGAUAAGAAAGUAUUUCAAUACAUUGCUGGUGAUAGAUUCAGCCAAAGCUUUACGCAAAAGAGAUGUCACAGUUUACAAAAUUUCUUAAGGCGAGUGGCUAAUCAUCCAGUCUUAUCCAAUUCGAGUGUUUUAAUGGUUUUCCUUGUGAGUAACGACUGGGAUGCUUAUCGCAAGAGUUUGUCGGGACAUUUGCAAACAAAUAAAGAGGAGGUGACAGAUGCCUUUAUGAAUGCUUUCAAAACAGUACACAAACAGAGUGACGAAUUCGUAGAGAUUAAGGAGAAAAGUGAUAAAUUAGAUCAUAACGUUGCUAAAAUUGAUAAGAUUUUCCACAGAGUUGUUAAGAAAAAUGAUAGUAUAUCUGAAGACUAUGCAACAUUGGGUGCAAAUUUACAAGAUUUACAAGAGCUAUGCAGUGGUGAAAAUGAAGAUUUAGCGAAAAAAGCCAAGGUUUUCAACGAGGGUAUUACACAACUUUCAUAUGGGUUCCGUGAUUUGAGCAAAUACUUAGCAUAUGAAUAUAUUGUGGAUUUAAAGGAUUUAGAGCAUUAUAUCGAUAGUAUGGGCCAACUAAUAAAACUGAAGGAUCAAAAGCAGAUUGAUUACGAAGAACUGAGUGAGUAUUUAACUAAGUCUGUUAAUGAAAAAAACAAUUUGAUAUCUGGUUAUGGUGGUUCGAAUUUUUUCACUAAUAAAUUAGAGGAGCUUGCCGGUAUCAAUCAGGAGGCAGCACGUCGAGAAAAAAUAGACAAACUGGAGGGUAAAAUCAAUUCCUUAUCAGGAGAAUUAGAAUCUGCCAAGAAAAUUGCAGAUGCAUUUGAACAAGAAACGUUGAGAGAAGUGGCGUUGUUCGAAGAGCUAAAAACCAAAGAGUUAAAGGAUUCUUUGGGAAGUCUCGCGGACCAUCACAUAGAGUUUUACCAAAAGAUGCUAGACGCUUGGGUUAAAGUCGACGAGAGUUUAUAA